ACAUCCAGCAGUCUCUAUGAGAGUCUCUCGGCAACUGCAGCAUCCAACGAGACAAUCCUCCCUCUCGUCCGCAGGUCUCAUUACUUCCAACAGAGCCUAAAUAUACGGACGUCCUCUCGCUGCCUCGACCAUGUACGUCAGCCCCCUGCAUAGCAGCCACAAGCCCCGUGUGUCCCACCAAGUCCUGCCGGGUGCCAGUCUCAGUGCCACGCUGGGAGACAGGCGGGCGUUCUGAGACCCCCAAUCAUGCAGUAACCAUGUUGGGAUUUAGGUUAUCAGAGAAGAGGCUUCUCAGGUGAAGGCAGAUCCCGGGGGGCUCGUUAUCCUGGAGGAUUUUCAUGGCACGGGGCCGUCUGCCGAUAGAGAUGGGCUCCUGCAUUUCUAAAGAAUUUUUCCUCGGUGGUCACAAAGAUCUCCACUCAACCAACAAUAGCACAAAGCCCACCGUCCCCACACCAGAGAUACCCCAGCCCGCAGGAGGCACUGCACCCACAGAAACCCCAGAAGAGGAAGAGGGGGACAAUGACCUUGGAAAGGAAUGCCUCAAGUCACCCAACGGUUUCAUGUGUGAGUCCAAACCCAAUUCCAGCAACUAUGACAUCACGGAGCUGGCCACCUCCUCGCUGAUUGGUCUAGUGCAGACCAUUAAAGAUCACAUCACCAAACCAACUGCAAUGGCGCGGGGACGAGUUGCCCACCUUAUUGAAUGGAAGGGGUGGAGUGCUCCCCAGUCUGGAUGGGAUCCCUCCUUGACUGAUGAUGAGAAUUACUCGGACCUCACAGAUGAAUUGAAGGAGGCACGAUUUGCUGCAGGGGUGGCUGAGCAAUUCGCGAUCACGGAAGCAACGUUAAGUGCUUGGUCUUCUCUGGAUGAUGAAGAAAUGCAUUAUGGGCUGGGUUCCCAGGACAUCCGCCAAUAUCAAGAUCUGGAGAACCUUUACCUCCAGGGGAGGCUGCUGAGUUACGCUCGCGAUGCCUGCGGCUCCGAUCUCGGAGGAAGCCUUCCCGGCCUGUCUUACUCUUCAGCUUUGUCCUUGGCCGUGGCCCCUCAGCUGCUGCCUGCGGAGAGGUGGGAUCUGGCUGAGGGGGCCCCAGGCCAGUGCCCGUUACCCAAAGCAGCCAGAAGCAGCAGUUCUGAUAAUUCCAAAGCCCCGACAGCUGGUGAAGGAGACCCGGCUCCAGAAUGCUACAAACUGCGGCUCAACACCUCCCUGCACUACGUGGAUAGCAGCUCCAUGUCCGAGGACGAGGUGUUUUAUAACUAAGACGCAGCUGAGACACUUCCCGAGGAACAUCAAGGAACCAGGAGGCCAUGGGUCUUUGGGUUCUGAGUCACGCUGCACAGUUUGUGGCCAUUAAAGCCUUGCCUGACCACCAUACUUUGGGAUCCCAUCUACCCCUCACCUCGGCCCCUGUGUGCAAAUAACACACAGCUCCACUCGUGUCAUCGUCAUG